AUGGCUCCAACUUUACUACUGCGGGAUUCCACCCACUCCAUCCAGAGUCGCAGCCUAUCGGACGUCAACCACACUCAAGCAGUCACGCUCGGGAUCAUUGCGGUUUAUGUCGUUGUAAUCGCCUUAUUAUGGAAUCUUCCUUAUGUCCGGUGGUCACUAUGGCCGUUCAAGAUGCUGGUUAUUGCGUUCCAUGAAUUCGGACACGCCAUAACCGCAGUAUGUACAGGCGGCCGCGUCAAAUCCAUCUCUUUAGAUCCACAUGAGGGUGGUGUGACGCACAUGGUCGGCGGCGCCAGCGCCAUCACUUUACCUGCAGGCUAUUUAGGCUCUUCGCUGAUCGGGGCCUUGCUCAUUUUCUGCGGCUUUGACAUUGUGGCUAGCAAGAUUGCUAGUAUUGUGCUGGGAGUUUGCUUUCUUCUUACCCUGUGGUGGGCGCGAAAGGACUGGCUCACCAUUGUAACUAUUCUACUCGCCGUGGGGUUGUUGAUUGGAUUCUGGUUUAUUGCCCAUGCCGAAGCCCUCCGAUUCCUUGUCCUAUUCAUCGGUGUCAUGUCCUCUCUUUACAGCGCCUGGGACAUUUGUGACGACCUCAUCUUACGCAAAGUCAACACCUCCGACGCCAGCGUCUUUGCCAAGCGUUACGGUGGCUCCUCUCAAUGCUGGGGAGUUAUUUGGUCCCUGGUCUCGGUGGCGUUUAUGGCCGUUGCUAUCGUUGCCGGACUGGCUGCUUUCAACCAGAGCUUUUCUCAACAGGAGGAGGAUUCGAGCCAUUUCAUUCCGACCAAGUUUUAA